AUGCCCCGAGACAACAUGGCCUCCCUGAUCCAACGGAUCGCCCGCCAGGCGUGCCUCACCUUCCGGGGCGGUUCCCUGCUGAAGAGCGGCACCUCCAUCCCGCUGCACGACCACCCGGGCAUGCACGGCAUCCUCAAGGUGCUCUACGGCACCGUGCGCAUCAGCUGCAUGGACAAGCUGGAGGUGGGCAGCGGGCAACGGCCGCGGGCCCCGCCACCAGAGCAGCAGUUCGAGCCGCCUCUGCAGCCGCGGGAGCGGGACGCGCUGAGGCCGGGUGUGCUGCGCUCGCGGGCGGAGUACACGGCGGCCAGCGGCCCCUGCGUCCUCACGCCACAUCGGGACAACCUGCACCAGAUCGACGCUGUGGAGGGGCCCGCCGCCUUCCUGGACAUCCUGGCCCCGCCCUACGACCCCGACGACGGCCGGGACUGUCACUAUUACCGGGUGCUGGAGCCUGUCAGGGCCAGGGAGGCCUCCGGCUCGGCCUGUGACCUGCCCCGAGAGGUGUGGCUCCUGGAGACCCCGCAGGCCGAUGACUUUUGGUGCGAGGGAGAGCCCUAUCCAGGUCCCAAGGUCUUCCCUUGA